CAAAUUCAUCAACAGCUGGAACCUAGUGAUCCAGUCACCGGCCCCGAUCGCGUAGACGGACAGGUAGUUAUAAUCACUGGGGGUGCUCAAGGAAUCGGAAAGGCCACCGCUUUGCUAUUAGCCCAAAAAGGAGCAAAAGUAGCUAUCAAUGAUUUGGACCGAGAAAAAGCAGACGAGGUUGUAAGGCAGAUCCGUCAACUCCAAGGUCAAGCGGCAGCUUUCCCUGGAAACGUACUGGAUGAUAAUUUCCCUCGACUGUUGGUGAACAGCGUACUGCAGAAAUGGGGCAAGAUCAACUGCUUGAUUAACAAUGCCGGUAUGCCCUUGAUAGCCGGAAUAUGUGAGAAAUUUGGGUCUGACUUGCUGGAAGGUUUUUGCCACGAUAGUGCGAUCCAUAAAAUGGACGAUGACAAGUUCGACAUCAUUAUGAAAAUUCAUAACUACGUUCCGUUCCGUAUCGCGCGAGCACUUUCGGAACACUGGAUGGACCCAGCGAACAAAGCCAUGCCAAAGACAAUUGUCAAUGUGUCUUCUACAUCUGGCCUGCAUGGCUCAAUGGGACAGAUUAACUACGCAACAGCCAAAGCCGGUGUUCUAGGGCUCACAAAAACCAUAGCUGCGGAAUGGGGCCGGUCAGUGCAACCAAUGAUAUAUAAUGUUCGGGCCAACGCAGUGGCUUAUGGCUGGAUCGAUACACGCAUUACGCGCCCGCCGACCGAGUCGGAGGCGAUGACGCUUGGAGGUCAAGCUAUCAGACUCGGGAUCCCAGAAAAUGCGAAAAAAUGGCGAGAUGUCUCUGAUAUCCCGCUAGGUCGGCCUGGGUCGGCGGAUGAGGCUGCGCGGGUGAUACUAUUCCUGGCGAGUCCACUGUCUUCGUAUGUGACUGGCACUUGUAUUGAGUGCACUGGGGGACGCUUCAUGUAA